UUCCCUCAAAGUCAGAUUCUCUAUAUAGAGUAAGCCUUGGAUUCCCCCCUCGCUAAGUACAGAAUACAGUAUCAAAUUCUUUUUUAAAUCGUUAAAAUUGGAUAUCCAGUAAUGACCAUUACAGGUUUCCCUCCAUUGUACAGUCAAGGGUACCAUGACGUUCAAAUUGCACGUGUUAAUUCCUAUUCGUUGCGUCAUUUCCUUGUGACGUCAUCGCACACAGUUUUUCAAAAUGAAGUUAUCCAAGACUUCAAAAAUAUCGAUAUGGACGUCUAGUUUGGUGACAAUAGCUUUUCUCUGGUACAUAUACAAAAGGAAAUAUUCGGUAAUGUACCGACAUUUUAGAAGAAAGGUAAUUCGGCUUUUAUAUACUUCCUUAUUAGAAGAUGAUGAAGAUGAUUCUGACGAUACUUUAUCGUCUACAGCAUUAACAGAUGAUGACUAUGAAGUGGAAAUAAGCAAUGUAAAUGUUGAGGGGAGUGAUGAAAUUGUGAAGGACAAAAUCCUUAACACAACAGAAAAUAGUGAGGACACAAAUCCAAACUCAACAGAUAACACUGAAAUCACAAACCCGAAUUUAGUGGAGUAUGAAGAAAGCAUAGAACCAGAUGGAGUGGAUGACGCCGAAAGCACGUGUUCAUCUUCAUCAGAAAGUCUUGAUCUUGCCACACCAGAAACAACGUCCUCUGUGUCCUCUACCCAGAAUGAGAGAGUUAAAACAAUGAAAAAUUCAGUAUUGAAAGUAGAUAUUGACGAAAUUCAAUCUUCUCUUGAUGCUCAAAUUUCCUCUCCUGUAGUUCGGACACUGUGUACAAAUAAAGAAUCGGUACAGAACGCGGAAAAAUGUCGAUCGACGGACGAGUUUCCAUUUCUAAUGGGUGGAUCGACAGUGUGCGAGUAUAUCGGUAACAGUUAUGAAGAAGUUGUUACUAAAAAUAGUCCCAAUACUGGAGUAUUACGUGUACAUGUUAACAAUUCUUUAGUUGAUGUGCACACUAAAUAAUUUCUGCAAGAGAUGCAUAUAAAUUGAUACCGCCGUAAUAAAUGAUACUACAUGUAAUUUUAUGAAAAUAUAUUUCCAGGACCAGGGUAUUUGUUGUGGCAUAUGAAAACCUGAUGAGCUUAAACAGGAGUGUGAAAAAGGAAAUUAAAGUCGUAGUUACGAGAUUGUAUGUCGUCAAAAAGUCGUUAUAACGAGAUCUAAAAAGUUAAAAUCCCAACUUUUUAGAGUUGUAAUAACGAGAUUUUAAAAAUCGUAAUUACGACUUUAAGAAAAUGAAAUAACAUUUAUCGAUAUUACAAUGUUUUUGUAAUAUUUUGAUAAUAUGUUUUUGUCUUUGAUAUCUUUACAAAUUGUAAUGAUUUUGAUAGCCCUCAUGAAUACGCCGCAGUUUUGUCCAGUACGUAUAUGAAUCUUG